AUGAUUGAGGUCAAUAAUAAUAAAAAGAGAGCUAAUUUUAGAAUAAUAAACUAGAAUUAGCAUAUAAAUGCAUUUUAAAUACUACAAACUAAAGCCUGCUCUUAUAGGGCUAUAGACUCAGACAUAAAAGAACUUCAAAGCAAUUUGAAUAACUUCAAAGAAUAUGUUCAUUUAUUUCAAGAUGAAGAAACAAGAGAACAAUAAAAAGAUUUCAAAGAGGACUCUAGUAUUUCUAUGGAAGAAUAAUCAACAAAAAACGAAGACUUAGAUGAAAUAGUGAACUUUUUGGAAGGAAAAAAAGUUAAUAUUUACAAAAAUAUUAUUAAUGGUUUUUACGCUCACAUUAAUAAGUGCAAAGACGAAAAACUAAUACAAAAGUAUGAAUCUUUAAUAAAAAAUUAAUGGACUUUCAAAUACAUUCAAAAAAGAGUCUAAAAAAGUUAUAAAUCAUGUAAUAGACUUAACUUAAAAUUAAAAAAUUUAAUGUCUAAGAACAAGUUAAAUACAAUUUUUGUAUAUUUCCUAUAAAAUUACGAACAGCUCUGGCUAAAUGAUUCUAAAAUAAAAAACAAAGAUUUGUAUAAAUAAUCUAUCCAGUUCCUACUCAAAGCACAUGAAUACGAUAUCCUUGAUGACAAUAUAAAAGUAUACAAAAAGUAGAAAAAGAUACUCGGAGAGUGA